AAGUUCACAAAGCCUCUGCAGCCCGCGUUGACACCGAAUGAAGAGCGUGUGGUGGAGUUGAAAUGUAUUGUCAAAUCGGAUUUGUCUCCUGUUUCUGUCAAAUGGCUUCACAACGGUUUGGAAUUAGUUGAUAGCCCUCGAUUUGAAAAGGUGUUUGUGGAAGAAACUGGUGUUGCCUCUCUUAUUAUUUCGGAUUAUAAUGAUGAAGACUCAGGUUUAUACGAAUGUGUUGUUUCUGGCUCUGUUAUUGAACCUGAAACUGGCGAUAUGCAAAUGAAGACAAUUACUACACAAGCUGAAGUUAUGGAGGAAACAGUGGUUUUUGAAGUUGAUCGGAAAGUUGUAAUUGAGGAAGAAGAAAUGGAGACGAAAUUUGUGCCUAAAUCGCCGUUGUUAGAAGUUAGCUCUCCUGUUUUUGAAACGGAACUCGUUCCUCUUGAUGUAAUUGAGGGCGAAGAAAUUUAUCUCUCUGCCGUUGUGAAGGGUAAACCUCAACCGAUGGAAGUCACAUGGAAACACAAUGGUGUCGUUCUUCAUGCUGAUAAUACGGACGUUGUCCUUUUCUACAUUCCUGAGCAAGGUCUUUGUGAACUUACAAUCUCAGAGGCCUUCAUAGAAGAUGCCGGUGUUUAUGAGGUCGAAGCGGUUAAUGAGUUUGGGGUUGCAGUCUCGCAGACAGAGGUCAUUGUUCGUGCCCUCGAGGAAGCUAGAGAGCCUGAAAGAAAAGACAUUUUAUUGAAAGAAGCUACUACUGUGGAGGAAGAGGCUCCUUUUAAAGAGGUUUCUAUUCCGAUUGAAGAUGUUGGUGAACAGGCCUCGCCAUUGGUGGAGGAAGCAAAACCAUCAGCAACGGAAAUUUUGGCGACAACUGAGGCUAAACCUACGCAAGAAGAGCUGGUAGAAAAGGACAAGUUGUACGAAUUUACGAUUGGAACGAAGGGCAAAUCAAGGGAGAAAAGGGAGUAUGAUGAUGAUUAUAUAGAAGCUGGUGAAGAAGGAAAGAGAGAAGAUGCUCCCAGUCCUAUGAAAACGGGAUCGGAUAAGACGGAUGGUAGGCAGAAAGAGCUUAAACAGGAGCCCACGGUAGCUGCAAUUGAGAAAGAGGUGAAAGUGAGCAAAGCGGACUUAGAGGCGCCGGAGGAGGUUGAUGGCACGAGAGUACCAGAGACGAUGCCAUCGUCCGAUUCUGUACCCACAGCAAAGAAAGAGCCAAAAGACGGAAAGCGUGAGGAAAUUGAAACUCCACAGGAGGAAUCUUUGAAAGACAUUCAAGCACGCCCAGAAUCAGAAAUCGAGUCCACAGACUUUCCUGCUACACCCAUUAACCUGCGGGCUGAGGUUACCCCAAGAAAGGCGCCAAGUCGAUCACAAUCGGUGGAAUUGACUUGGGAUCAGCCUGAUGGUGGAACCCCAGACGAAUACAUGGUUGAAAUCACACCCAAAGGAAAAGGAAAGUGGAUUGAAUUUGAAAUUGUCAAAGUACCUGACAGAAAACUGACGCUACAUACAAAAGAUAUGGAGGAGUUCACAGACUAUGAAUUCAGAAUAACAGCCCAAAAUAAAAAGGGAAAGAGUGAGCCCUCCAAAGCGUCCAAUCCGGUGCAGCUAGGUAAGGUUCAAAACUAUGCUACUCAUAUAACAACACAAAGUAUUUACAAUUAA